CUUAAUUUCGCACGUCAAGUCAUCGCUUAUUUUUUUUUUUUUUUAUAUUAUUUUCUGCGGAGAUUUUAUUUAUCACCGUCACACAAUUAACUUUUAACCACUGUCCGCUGCAGUGCUUAGUUACGGUGCACAUACACGGACCAACUAUAAUAUCCGUUUUCGUCUCGUACGUAGGAUACCUACUCUCUCGUGCUGUCCGUCAUAGUUCGAGUUGGAGCCCACCGAGAACUGUUCAGCGGCCAACUGUAGUCAUCGCCAUCAUCAACAAUAACUUUACCACCAAUGAACGGCACAAAGUUGUGACCCCGAUAAGUCUGUCUAAAAUAAUUUUAUCCAAAAAUGUUUCUUUGGGAUUGGUUUACUGGCGUUCUAGGAUCUUUAGGACUGUGGAAAAAAUCAGGAAAAUUACUAUUCCUUGGUUUAGAUAAUGCUGGAAAAACUACACUAUUACAUAUGUUAAAAGAUGAUCGUUUAGCACAACAUACUCCAACUUUGCAUCCAACAUCGGAAGAGUUAUCUGUGGGCAACAUAAAAUUCACAACCUUUGAUUUGGGUGGCCAUUCUCAAGCAAGAAAAGUAUGGAAAGAUUAUUUUCCUGCUGUAGAUGCAAUUGUAUUUUUAGUUGACGCUUGUGACAAAUCUAGAAUUAUGGAAAGUAAAACAGAAUUGGAUUCAUUGUUACUCGAUGAAUCCUUAUCUAACUGCCCUGUACUCGUUCUUGGUAAUAAAAUUGAUAGACCAGGAGCAUUGAGUGAACAAGAUUUAAGAGCUUAUUUUGCAUUAAACCAAACAACUGGAAAAAAUAAAGUACCUAGAUCAGAGAUUCCAGGUCGUCCAUUGGAAGUGUUCAUGUGUUCUGUAUUAAAACGUCAUGGUUAUGGAGAAGGAUUCAGAUGGCUGGCACAAUAUAUUGAUUAAUGUUAAUACAUAUUUAAAAAAUAUAUUUUAAUUUUUAAAUUCAUUCUUU